UUAUCUUAACUCUAAGGGCAAAAGCCAAUAUAAGGCAAAAAUAGCCCUAUCGGGAUAGGUUUAAAAAAUGCUGUCUGAAAAUAAAAUUGAGGUUUAGAAUUAAUGAUUACGGAUAUCAAAUUAAUGAUUACGGAUAUCAAAUUAAUGAUUACGGAUAUCAAAUUAAUGAUUACGGAUAUCAAAUCGAAUAUAUUGAUUUUAUUGAAUGUUCUUUUAAACUAAAGUGAUAAAUAUUUAUAAUUUAAGAAGCGACCGUUGGAGGGGGAUCUUGUUAUAAAAAUGGACAGUGAGGACUGCAAGACAAAGUAUGGAAAGGAUCUGUUUUUCCUUGCACCCUUCUACCAUAGAGAAUAUCCUCCAGGCCUUCAACGUCUAAUAGUUCUAGAUAUAGAUCUACUGUUUAUGAUCGAUCUAGCAGAAUUAAAUCAUCAGUUUAAUCUAAUGGCGGAGAAGGAGGUAUUUGGUAUAGCAGCAGAAUUCAAGAUUUGGUUUUAUAAGUUUCUAACAACAGAAUUCAGGGAUAGUCACCCAGAGACAAUCAUAGCUAGUCCUGGUAGAAAACAGGGUUUGAAAACUGGUGUUAUACUACUAGAUUUAAAGAAGCUGCGUGACCCAGCUAGCAGUAUCUUGCGGUCAGCCCUGCUACCUUCAAUAUCUAAACAGAUUGCUGAUACGUUCAGCUUCAAAGGAAAAUGCGGGGAUCAAUGUCAGUUGAAUGUAUUGAGCUGGAAAUAUCCUGAAUAUUUUUAUCAACUCCCGUGUCAGUUUAAUGUACAACAUGAUCAGUUCUCAUCAGAGGAGAUCAAACUGUUUGAAGAGGAAGAGUUUGAUGAAGAUCUUGAGAAGGAUAUUAUUGAUCAAGUGCUGGGAAAGAAUCCAGAAGACAAGAGAUAUCAAUAUUGUAAACAACCAACGAAAAUUUGCCAUAGAAAUUAUUGAAUAAUUUGUAUAUCUAUUUUUUAACAAGUUUUCUAAUUUUAUCUAAUUUUAAUGCUGAUUUUUUUUAUGUUACAACACAGAAUAAGGUUGGAUAGGAAGAUACCUGUGAGACGUAUUUCAUAAUAAUUUUUUUCUUGAGUUUUGGAGGAUGGAAAACAUAAUUUUGAUUGAAAAUUUUUUUAGAUCAUGAUCUAGCUUAUAUUUUCCGGAUAUCUCCAAAGCGUUUUGAUCAUUAGAAGUUGGGGAAAAUAUGAGCUAUGAACAGAAUUUGACUGCGCGCCUACCAAAUAAUGAUUUGACUUUGACUUUAUCAAAUAAAAAACAAACGCUGAAGAAAUAUUUAGAAAAUACAUAACAGAGAAACUUGUAAUUUUGCAGUAAUUUGUGUAUACAAAAGAUAGAAAAUUAGAAUAUACAGUGUGUCCUAUAUCAUUUUGGACUGUAUAUAGCUCCAAAUUGCAAUUUCAAUGGGCUGAUCAAAAAAUUUAUAAAAAAAAAUAUUUUAAAAGAUUGUAUAAGCAUAAUAUAAAAAUUUGCAUAUAUCAGUCUUUUUGAGUAUUAUGUGCAUAGUUUGGCGUUAAAGCUGAUAAAUCUAAUAUGAUAUAAAAUGCUCUGUAUAUUGUCUUCAGGAAGCAAAACAAAAAACUAAAUUGUAAUACCACAUGUACAGGCCGGCGUUUAACUCUCUAAAAUAAUGGCAAGAUUUGUGAAACAAACAAGGUGAAACGUCCAACUAUCCGCAUUUCUAUAUCCUAUGAAUUUGCUCAGUUUACUUACUUGUAUUCUUGGAAAGUAGUUGGUGUAGCCCCCGCUAGGGGCAUUUAACAACAUCUUUUCCACACAGUCUUCUUCUGGGAAUCUUGUCAAUCUCUCAGGAUCAGUUCAUCUCAGAAGAAGAUAGAUAUUGAUCUAGAUUUCUUUUAAAUAUCUUGAUAUUUUGAGACUCUCUACUUGUGGUGGGUAACUGGUUCCAAUCAUGAAUGACUCUUCGGGUAAAGAAAUUACUUCUGAUGGUGGUGUUGGUUCUCUGUUUAGUCAGUCUGGUUCUAUCAUCUGAUUGUCUGGUGGUUCUCACAGAUACUUGAUUAACUCUUUUAAACCAGAGUUCAUCUCCUUCAACCUCUAGUUCUUCUUGUUUCAAGGGAGAGAAGUUUUUCAGUAUAUCCAGCUGAUCUCAAUCCACUUAUCAUAUUCACAGCUUGUAUUUGGACAUUUUCCAAUACCACAGUUUGAAAAUAAAAUUUUAAAUUUUAUAUUCUCAUUUUGGAUUUAUAAA